AUGCAUCACACGACACUCCUCUCCGUGAUAGGAUUCUUCAUCGGCAUCCGAGCGGGUGUUGCGGGCCACGUUGACUCCCCACCAUCACAGGUCGGUCAAGCCUGCGGUCAAACACUCGGAGACUGCGCCGGAAACCUAACCUGCAUUCCCCUUUCGACGGACUGCACCCGGUGGGUCAACAGUUGGGAUGAAGGAUGCCCGGGCACCUGCCAGGACAUAGACAUCUCCAAGCAACAAAUCUACACGCUCUGUGGGGGCUGGUCGUUGAUGGAUGACUGCAACGAGCGCAUCGAGAGCUGCAUUGCCGAUCCGAGAACUGCCGACUUGUGCGGGCCUUCGUGCGACGGACCUGGCAUUUGUUGGCCGUUUGCUGAGAUAUGCGGAGGGGAGGAAAAGUUAAAGUGCCCGGAGGGGAAGGCCUGUUUUAACGACCUGGUCUGUCUUCCGCUAAGGUUUGGGUCUGACUACUACGAAAAGACAUCGCUAGAGGAGAUCCAUAGGACGGAUCAGGAUGGGUGGCAAGGGGACAAGUGA